AUGCUUUCACUUCUUGCCUUGGUAGGUUUCUUCUCCGCCGGGCUCGGUGUGAGUGUUUCGCAGAGAGAUCAAAACUUUGCAACCGGUCGUAAGUUGCAAGAUCUUGGAAAUGAUCAAGAAACAAGCCGUUUCCCUCCCACCCGCCAGACACAGCAAAACACUCAUGAUCCUACCAUUCUGCGUGUGGGAGACGAGUACUAUCUUUACCAUGUCGGAGAACAUUUGUUCAUCCAUACCGCGCCCAGUAUGGCCGGUCCAUGGGAGUAUGUUGGCAACGUUCUAGAUGCCAAUAGUGUGAUUCCGAAGGGUGAUCGUGCGGCGCCUUGGGCCCCGACAAUCAUUGCGGUGGAUGACACAUACUAUUGCUAUUACAGUGUUAGCAAGGCAGGAUGUCGUGACAGUGCUGUCGGCGUCGCCACGUCCAGCUCCCCGGGCCCAGGCAACUGGUACGACCACGGCGCCAUCAUUGAGACAGGCACCGGUAACGGAUCAGACAUAUAUCCCUACACCGUAUCGAACGCUAUCGACCCCAGCACAUUGGUAACGCCCGAUGGUCAAGCUUAUCUGACAUUUGGGAGCUACUGGAAUGGAAUCUUCCAAAUCCCUCUCGGCAAUGACCUCAUUUCCCCGGCCAGUACCACGGAACCCGAUGCCCGCCAACUGGCGUGGGAGCCGGAGUCUCUCGGCUUGCCGAACCGUAUGGCCAACACCAUCUGUGGUGACCCCACCGGCCCCCACGCUAUUGAGGGUGCCUUUAUUUCAUAUAAUGAUGGAUGGUACUAUCUCUGGUACAGCCACGGUUUCUGCUGCAACCUGAAGGCAGACAAUCUGCCGCCCGCUGGACAAGAAUACUCUAUUCGCGUCGGGCGUUCUAACAGCCCUCGUGGCCCGUUCACUGAUAAGUCCGGUACCGACCUUGUCAAAGGUGGCGGUGAAAUUGUCUAUGGCUCCAACGGCGACACAUAUGCCCCCGGUGGGCAGGGUGUUCUCCGCGAUGGCGAGACUGACGUUCUAUACUAUCACUACCGUGAGACCGCCCGUUCUAAAGACCCGAUUCGCUCAAAUACUGACUUUAUCAAAGUGAACAAGACAGUCGGAAUUGAUUUCCCGGUAAGCUUUCCCUCGGUUGGUAGGCUUGCGGACCGCGAUCAUCGUGGUUUCGGCACCCCUGUCGAUCCUCCUUCAUUCCCCCUCACACCACUUGCGUGGACGCCACAAAGCUCUGAGCUAACAUACCUACAGGAUGCUCUCCUUGGAUUCAACCCUCUUAGUUAUGUUGACGGAUGGCCUGUCGCCCAAGCCUAA